AAACCAUGAAUAUUUGGUCAUUAGAGGAAAGAAAGAUUUCAGAAACUUGUCUUGUGUUUCUUUCUAUACCUACAACCAUUUACUAACCCCUCUCUUUCUCUCUCUACAUCUCUUUCUCUCUCUACAUCUCUCUCCCCCUAUAUCUCUCAUCACUCUGUAUUCACUUGCUGUAACACAGUAGCGAUCUGCUACCAACACUUCGCCAAAGAGCUUUGGAACAAUCGAUCUUCACAGGAGGUUAUAUUUGUGGUUUUAUUUGGUUCAGAAUAUGAAGUUCCUUCCUCGCUUUAGAUAAGUGGAUUAACUUUCUGCUCCUGAGAAACCAAAUAUUUAUCAUCAGUUUGGGGAGAGAAUCUCAUUGUAUAUUCGAGAUCUGGGAACUGAUAGCCGCCAUGAAAGUGAUUAACAAGUCACUUUUCUUGACUUACCUGUACCUAUUAAUCUACAUUUUGCUGUCAUCUGGAGUUAUUCUGUACAACAAGUGGGUUCUCUCUCCAAAGUACUUCAAUUUUCCCUUUCCUAUCACACUUACUAUGAUACACAUGGGCUUUUCUGGAGCUGUAGCAUUCCUUCUUGUUCGUGUUUUCAAGGUUGUUGCACCCGUCAAAAUGACAUUUGAAAUAUAUGCAACUUGUGUAAUUCCCAUCAGUGCCUUCUUCGCAUCGAGUCUAUGGUUUGGCAACACUGCUUACUUGCAUAUAUCAGUUGCCUUCAUUCAGAUGCUGAAAGCCCUAAUGCCGGUGGCAACACUUAUCAUGGCUGUCCUAUGUGGCACCGACAAGCUUAGGUGGGAUGUAUUCUUGAACAUGUUGCUAGUCAGCAUCGGGGUUGUGAUCUCAUCGUACGGUGAAAUCCAUUUUAAUGUGGUUGGCACACUUUAUCAAUGUACCGGCAUAUUUGCAGAAGCUUUAAGGCUUGUAUUAACGCAAGUCCUCCUGCAAAAGAAGGGCUUAACCCUAAAUCCGAUUACAAGCUUAUACUACAUCGCUCCAUGCAGUUUUGCAUUUCUGUUUGUGCCUUGGUAUUUCUUGGAGCAGACCAGAAUGGAAGUUUCACAGAUUCAGUUCAAUUUCUGGAUUUUCUUUUCGAAUGCCGUAUGUGCUUUAGCGUUAAACUUUUCAAUUUUUCUAGUCAUUGGUAGAACUGGUGCGGUUACGAUUCGGGUUGCUGGUGUGCUGAAAGAUUGGAUACUUAUCGCUCUUUCGACUGUAAUAUUUCCUGAAUCCGCCAUUACCGGGCUGAAUAUUAUCGGCUAUGCCAUUGCACUUUGCGGUGUAGUAAUGUACAACUACAUAAAGGUGAAAGACGUUAAAGCAUCUCAACUUCCUCCCGAUAGCCUCCCUGAACGAAUGACUAAGGAUUGGAGGAUUGAGAAGAAAUCAUCUAAUUUGUAUUCACCCGACAACAGCACUGAUGAUGUUGAUACAAGCGGCAAGGUUAGCUCAAUGUCGGAUAUGAAUGUAGUAGACGAAGAGGUACCUCUUAUGGCGUCUUCAAGGCUUUCUCAUAUCGGGCGAUCACAGCUUAGCAGCCGAGAUGCAUAAUCAUUCGUCAUAUACCAAAUAGUUCAUUAUAGUAUCACUUUCCAUACUUGUAGGGAUGUUCAUGUGCCUUAGCUUCAAAAUUUUGUGGAAGAGAACAAUUAUUCAUUCCACUAGUUUUUAUCUUUAUGGUAUUGUUUGUUGGUUGGUUUACCCUAAAAACAUCAUAAUAACAAUGAUUUUCAUGAUCAA